AUGUCAGUGGUGUUGCCGCUCUGGGGCGACGCGUCUGCCUCACACUCCGCGCAGGGCCGCAGUGAGGUGCAGAGCAUCGCCACCGUCUCGUCCGAGUGGCGCACCUCCCUCGACUUUGCACAGCAGCUGGACAUCAAGGCAGAGAAGGAGCUGCAUGCACUGUGGUCGGCGCUGUGGGCUGCAACUCACAGCGAGGCCGCACUGCAGACCGCCUUGGAGAGUAGGCGAACGUCGUGGAACCCGUAUCGCCCCGUCCGUGGUGGGCCAGAGGUGAAGGCGGAGAUUCUGCACAGCGAGGUGGUGGAGUUUCACGCUAUGGUGCCGACCGACAGCUUGUACCUCCGCGGCGUCGCCGCGCAGCCAACCGCCUCGUCGCCUGGAGGCUCCGUUUCGCCGAGGGACUCAAUUUCCAGAGUCAGCAACUCAUGGGUAUCGCCCGUCUAUCCACACGGCACUGGAGGGCAACGGAAUGCCGCGAACAGCAAGGCAGAUGCGGAAGAAGUUCUGGUGAUGGAUGGGCCGGCUGCUGCGGUUGUUCGGUCACCAUCUACGCCAGUCACCUCGCUCACCCGCGGCUCCUCCUGGUGGGCGGUGCGCCGCGCCGAGAGCGAGGCGGCGCUUUUUCACUACAUGUGGGAGGCUGUAGUCGUUCCCUACUACGCAUCCAUGCCUGCUGCCUUCUUUUCGGCUGCGUUGCCCGGCGACGGGGCAGCGACGCAGACUAGCGGCUCCUUAAUGUCGUUCGUCCCGCGCCGCGAGGAGUGGGAGGACAGGGAGGCGAGCGGCAUGGUCACCGCCUUUGGUGAGACCCGGGAAAAGGUGCGAAAGUGGAGCUUUGAGGCAUGCCGAUUCUCGUCCUCUCCGCCGUCAAUGGACGUGUCGCCGGUGCAGAAGCGCGACCCUUUCAGUAUCGGCAGGGCGCGGUUUUCAGCGUUGGCGGCAGUGCGUGCGCAGCGCCCGGGCAGCGGUGGAGCUUCUCACGUCAUGGGAUCGCGAGACCUCGACAUCGUCUCGGAAGACUCCCUCGAGGUCGAGGUUCUGGAGGAGAGUCAGGGCAGCAGCCGUGUACCGCCCAGGCACGCCACAUCGCCGGUAGGGAAGGGAGGCGAUCGAAGCGCUGCGACUGCCGGCGCGGCUGUAGCCCCAGCGGAGCGCAGGGGCCAACGCAAACAGCGUCCCUCAACAGCCUGCUUGCAUAUCCUCACCACCACACCGCUGGAUGUCCUGGCGACCGAUAAGCCGCCACAAGGAUCGACCCAUGCCUCGACUUCGACGCAGCAGCGUGCCGCGUCGGCUUACUCUGAGAGUGUGCAGAUCGCUGGCACCUUAUCUGCGCCUCGCAGUGGCGCUGCUGCCUCUGUCUCGAUGAGAGGCGGGCUGUUUAAAAAGGCGUCAAGCAGGAAGGGGGUCCCGCUCUUCCACACCACCGCAAAAGUUUCAGGGAAUGCGCCGAAGACUUCGUCGGUGUCACCGCCGCGCAUGGCAACGCAGCCACCGCCUUCCCGAGUACAACCGCAAGCCGCUGAAGGGGUGCGUGCAGAUUCGCCUGUGGCGGUUGUGGCGGCCGGGGAUGACCACAAGCCGCCGCAGCGAGUCCACCCAGCCUCAGGGCUGACCCGGGCGCGCGGCGGCCGCACUACCGCAAGGGCCGCGCGCGGAAAGGCCUCCCCAGCAGCGCGUAGCGCGUCACGCACUGCUUCUUUGGCGCGCACAUCGCAUGCGGAUCGUACCACGGUGUCGCCGACCACCAGCACGAACGCGUCUGCUCAGCAUGCAUUGCAGCUGCUCGAUCUGCACAGCCGGCACACGGUUCGCUCGCCGGUGCUGCAGCGUAAUCCAUCGCUAAUUUCGAAAGCCGCAAGGGAGAUCGAGAGGGGCACGUCGGCAAAGGCAGAGCCGACGCCUCCUGAGGUGCCGGCACCCCACCCCCAGCGGUGUGGCUUUGUGUCCCCCAUGCAGCUGCCUUGUCGCAGCAAGCGACGACGACACGAUGAACAGGUGAAGAAGCUGGUAGAGUCUGAGAGGGACGCUCCGGUCGGCUUUGACUUGUCCGAAAAGAUAUUACCAAACUCGCAGCUGAGGCCCCCGCGCGAGGUGGCCGCGCAUUCUGCGUCCACAGAGCGGCAUCGUCCGACGGCGCCGAAUUCGCGAGGUGCGGCAAACGCCACCGCCUCUCCUGCCGUGCGCAACUCAUCGAUUAGCGCUCGACAACCGGGCAAGGCACCGCAGCGGUCGUCUUCAAAGGCGAAGGCCGCUUCAGCGGCGCAGAAGCGCCCCACCACCGCGCACCGCUAA